AUGAAACGUAUUCCGUUCCCAUUGCCUCUCAAUAUUGGCACAGACAUCGUCCAUUUAUCACGUAUCUACCGUUUAAUCCACCGUAAACCUGCCAACAGUGGCACCUAUAUCACCACCACCAUCUAUCUCCACAGGUUCAUCCGUCGCAUCCUUUGCGAACAAGAGCUCAAUGACUUCUACGCGAAAUUUUUCCCAUCGCACAAAUCCAUCUCAAAUGCUGUAGCUGCUGUACCAGAGAGUGCGCUAGCUGGUGUUAACAUCACGGAAAUGGCCAGAUGGCUUGCUGGUAGAUUCGCUGCCAAAGAGGCUGCAAGAAAGGCGGCCCCAGGCGGUGCAACGUCUAUAAGCUGGAAGGACGUCAUGGUUCAGGUUGAGAAUGAGAAGGGAGGCCGGAGUGGGAAGCCAGAAAUUGUAUAUUUGAAAGACGGAGGCGCACUGGGAGAGGUUGGCAAACUUUCCAUCUCACAUGACGGGGAGUAUGUUAUCGCAACAGUUCUCGCGGCGUCGCUUGGUUGA